AUGAUUUAAAAAGUUUGCUUUAGCCCUUGGUGCGAAGAUACUGAUAGAAUUAUUAUAGAAUAAUAGAUAAAUCAGAUUAGUUUGCAUAAGCAAGAUGAAAGCUACAUAGUUAGAUUUUCUGAUAUAAUAGAAAAAAAAUAGUCUUUUUUAGAUGUUUUUAGUAAAUUUAAAAAAAAAUUAUCAGAUUUCACAUAUCUUUUGCUAACAACAUAGAGUAGUCUUUAAAAAUUUUAAAUCUACUAAAAGAAUUAAAAUGAUAUUCAUCAUUUUAUGAUUAAGCAAUGCUUAAAAAUAAGUUAAUACUAUCAAAGUUUUGAUAGAGAUUUUAUAGAAAUGAAAGUUAUUAAUUUAAUAAGAUAGUAUGACUCAGAUAAAGAGAAUAAAAAAUCAAUUUUAAUGCAAAUUAAUUAAAUAAUUUCUAUUGACCAUAUCUUAGAAAAAAGAGUAUUUGAAAAAGUAAUGGAUCAAUUUAAAUUAUAUUUUAAUUCAGAUGAAAUAAAAUCAUUUAAUGAUGAAAACAUGGAAUAAUUCAAAAUAUAUUUUGAAUAAAAGUGCAGUUAAAUCAUAGAAAUGAGAUCAGAAUUAAUUAGCAAUUUAUUGUAAGAAUACAUUUAAUUGAAUUAAGAUUCUAAUACAAAUUAAUAUUGCUUGAAAUACUUACAAAAAUUAACAAUUAUUUGUAAUUAAGAGUAAUAGGUUUUAAAAUAUUUAUAGAAUUUGAAUUAAAAACAAAAUUAUAGCAGAGAAUUAAAGCUUUUAGAGGAUUUUAAAAGCAAAUUAAUAGAGUCUCUUCUUUUUCUUGUUGAUUCUUUCUCUUCCUAAUAUGAUAUAUAAUCAACUUUUUAAUGCUUUUAUGAAGUUUAUUCAUUAGAAAUUUACAAUAAAGAUAUUUUUGAUUUAAUGAUUAAAACUCUUAAAAAAUUUGAUUUAAAUUAUUAAGAAAGGUCAGUUUAAACUUUAGGCCUAUUAACUUUUUCUAAAGAUAAAGAAAUUUUAGAGGAAUUUAUAGACAAACUCUUUCCUACAUUUUAGAAUAAAAAUAAUUUAGUUGAUAAAAUUUAAUAAUUAUCAGAUCAGCCUGAUUAAAAGAAAAUAUUCUAUGAACUUUAAAAAGUAUUUUAAAACGAAUUAAACGAUUAACAAUUGAGCUCUUUACUGCAACAAUUAUUAAACUCUAACUGUAUAAAUUUGUUAAUUUAAACAUUUUUUUUGAGCUUUUUAAGUUUAUAUAAAAAUAAUUACUUUAUUAAAGGAAUCCCCUCUGAAAAAAUAUUAAAUGAUUCAAUAAAUAUAAAAGAUAUUUUUUCAUACACAUUGCAAAAAUAAGCUGAGAGAAAAGAAAAAAAUCUCCAAAAAGAAAUUGAGAAAAAGAAAUUAGAGCAAGAAAAAGCUUUAGAAAGGAAAAAUAGACGUAAUAAUCAAGAAAAAAAAUUUGAAAAUUUCAGGUAAUUAGCCAAAUAAAGAAGAAAUUUACUUGGUUUCUUAUUAUAAACAGAUUCAACUUAGAGUAAUUCUUAGCAAGAAACAAUAGAAUAAAUAUCUAAAAAUAGUUAAGAUGAAAAGCAUUCAAUUGAUCAUAUUCUUGAAAAUACUCAAUAAGAGCAUGAGCACUAAAUAAAUUGUAUUCAAAAUUCUCUUUUUUUAGUUAGUAAACAAAUCAUAUCCGAUUCUUAAUUAAUUGACCAAUCCUAACAAAACUGUUAAAAUGAUAAUAAAAUUUAAGAUGCCAUGAAUGAAGAAAAUGAAAGUUAAGAUAUAUAAUAUAAAUAAGAAGAUUUAAAGAGCUAAAAUAAAUAAAACAACGAACUUUGUAAUGAAAAUAAAAACUAGUUUAAAAAAAUUAAACAAUCAAAAAAAAUAAAAAAAUAAAAGUAAAUAGUAAAAAAAGAAUUUGAAAUAGAUUCUUUUUAAGACUCGUAGUUGGAGUAAUUAAAAUGUUAGUAAGAACUAUAAGUUUAAUUUGCUUUGCCUAAGUAUCAAAUAAAAAAAAUUGAAUUGUAACAAAUAGAGGUAUAGGAUAUUUCUAAAAAUGGCAAAGUACAAGAUUCUUUAUAAAAUUAAGUUAAAGAAGAAGAUGAAACUUAUUCUAUGGAAAAUUUAUGUAAAAAUUUGUGCGAAGAUCCUUUUGAUUAAGAGAGUUUUCUCAGACUGUUUAAUAGCUUGAAUGAAGAGUAAUUAGUUGAGCUUUGUAAAAGAUAUAAGCAAAUAAUGACUUAGACUCUAAGCAAAAAAGAAAUGAAUUCUUAACUCAUGAGUUUUUUUUCUGCUUCGUGUUAUUUUCAUCUAGAUAAAUUGCAGCUUUCUAAGCUAUUUUUAGAAAAAUAACUAAAAUUCAAUUUUAACGACCCUCAACGGCUUAAUUAGCUAGGAUUCAUUCAAUUCUUUAAUAAACAAGCUGAUUGCUCCAUUUAAAAUUUUAUUAAUUCUAUUAAACUAAGCUAGAAUAGAAGUUAAUGGUUUAUUCAUGCCUAGCUAGGCUUUUUGUUUUAAUAUAUUUUUGAGAACAAUAGGAAAGCACUUUAUCAUUAUCAAGUUUCAAUGAAUUUAAAAUUCGUUCAAUUAUCAUUUUUUUUACUAUUUUAAGUUGGGUAUAUUUACUAUCAUAAUUUAAAUGAUUAUAAUAUGGCUUUAAUUCUUUUCAAAUAAGGCUUUUAAUUCAUUAAAAAUAAUAAUUUGUUUGAAUCAAUUAGUAGUUAAUAUUUGACUUAGCUUAUUUUAGAUUAUUCUUUGUUAAAUUAUAGAAUUGGUAACUUAGAAAUAUCUAAAUAUCUUCUAAAUAAUUUCUUUGAAUAAAACCCAAUCGAAAAUUUAGAUGUAGCUUCUUAUUUGAAUGCCCUCAUUAAUUUUAAACUAGAUGAUUAUUAAUCAGCUUUAAAUUAACUUUAAAUUAUCUCUGAGUGUUAAAAUCUGUCAAUCAAAAUAGAAUGCCAUAUAUUAAGAGGUUUUAUUUACAUGUAUCAUGUAUAGGAUACUAAUUAAUCUAAAUAGUAAUAUUAGUAAGCUUGGGAAAUUCUCUGUAAUAAUUAAGUUCAAAACAAAUUAUAAAAAUAAAUUAGAGUACUUAAAAAAUUAAUAUUCCUAAAUAAUGGUAUAGGUUUUUAUCAUGAAAGAGAGUAAAUUUUUGUAAUAAAUUUAUCUAGAAAUGCUUUUAUUAGUUAUUUGGAGUUUUUGUUUGAUUUUGCAGUUUAAAAAUACAACGAAUAUAUUAAUUUGAUAAUUUUUUAUUAUUAAGAGCAAUAAACUGAUAUUUUCAACACAGACUUUAUAAAAAAUUAACUCGAUUGCAAAAGUUUGAUAUAAUUAUUCUAAGAAUGCUAUAAUCACAACUAUCGAAAAAUAGAGUGCAUGUAUAUGAUAGGGAAAUGCUAUUAUGAUUUAUUAGGAUAAGAAUAAUAAUCAUUGUAAUGCUUUAGUUUAGUUUUAAAACUAGACCCAUUCCAUUGCAAGAGCAUGCUAUAAACUCUAAAUUUGCUAGUAAACAGCUAAAAUUAUGAACAAGCUAUUAUAAUUCUAUAGCAAAUUGAGAAUCUUUAAUUUUAAAGCCCAUAAAAAACUUACCUCAAAGCUAAGAUUUUCUAGGCAUAAGGAAAAUACUAAUUAUCGUAAAGUCUAUAUCUUUUACUGCUUAAUAAUUAAGAAACUUAACUCUCAAAAAAUUUUAAUAAAUUAAUUUAAAAGGAUUACAGCUAUUGCUAAUACAUGAUACAAGAGAACUAAAUAUCGAAAUACAUUAAAUGA